CUGUAGGGCUUUAUCGCCAAACACAUACAGUCCAUAUAUACCACAAAGAACACCAAAAUGUUAUUCCAUGUUGACCCAGAUUGGCAAGAAGAGACGGGUCGCUUAGAGCCUCUUUGAAAAAACAUAAUACGCUUGUCCUAUCUGUGGUGAUGAAUUAUUGCAUGCACCUACGCUUCUAAGUCAUAUGGACCUUUUCCAUCAGAUAUGUUUACCCAAGCGACUUGCAGGUACUAGACGCCCCAAAUCAAAAGUCUAUCGCUAUCAAUCUUUCCGCGGCCCUACUUCUGUAGUUCAACACGCUUGCCCCUGUUGCUGGGAGCACUUUCCUCAAGGCGACGUGGAUCGUUUACGACAGCAUAUCAUUAAAAUUCAUUUGGAUGCAAAAUAUAUCAAAGACUUUGAAUAUCAAAUCCAGACAGAAGAUCGCGAGCAGCAGCAGCAGCAGUUACAAGAGGAAGAAAAGGAAAAAAGACAUCCACAGCUGUCUGUUAACAAAGAGAGCCAUUCAUCCACCUCCAUUUCUACGACGACCGAAGAUAAAGCAAAUGAAUUUUACAAAUCAUUCACUGAUCUGAUGACAAUGUUUAAAGACUUAUUCAUGAAUGAACAGUCUCAAGAGAAGGCGAUGACGGAUUCAGACUCUGAACUUGCAUUUCAAGCCACUCGUCGCAGCAACAGCACGAAACGCGUUAGCUUCCAACUUGGUCAUGAUGAAGAAGAAGAAGCUUUUAUUUAUCGAUAAUGCUGCCUCUGUACUUUCCUUUUCGUAAUAAAGCUGGUUUUCUUUUGAGUCACUUGGUCCAUUGUACCUUUUUUUUUUUCCUUUUCGUUUCUCCCCUUAUGUAAGGUAGACGGAAAAAGGUGACACUAUCAAAUUGUGUCCAUUAUCCGUCCCCACUGAAACUCUGUGAUUGAUUUAUGCAAAUAGAUAAUGGAAGCGGACUACUGUACUUUAAAUGUCAUUAGGGCACGAUCCGUUUAUUGGAUCCCUCCAUUCGAAA